AAACAUACACUACUAUAGAUCAUCAUAUCAUAUAUAUACUCAUAAAAACAAGGUUCACCUUUUUAGCAUCUCAGCGUGCAAAAAUGAGGUUCCCAGUUAGUGGUGUUUUUUUCAAAGCUCUAGCUCUUUGGCUAAUCUUGGCACUAAACCAUGCAGGUAAUGGUUCUAGUUUGAAACUAGGGCUAUUCAAAUCUCGCCAUGGUCGUAAAUUCCAUGGUCCGGGUCUGAGACUUGGGUUAUCGAAAUCGGCCCAUGGUCGUAAACCCCAUGGUUCUGCUCCUACAGCAAAGAGCUAUGAGGGUAACACCCAUGAUUUCAAGGGUCUACCAGUUAGUCAUGGCCAUAAUAGCAAUAGAAAAUCCCCUAAAUUUAGUCCUCCAAAUACUUCAACUCCCCCUGUUAGUCCUCCCAACCUUCCGCCAAAUGCUACUAGCCCUUCUAGACCCACUGGUUUGCAAGUUGGCUUCUAUAAAAGUCAAUGCCCUAAGAAACUAGUGGAUAUUGAGGCUACCAUUACAACCAAAGUCCAAGAACAAUUUAGAAAGGAUCCAACUAUUCUUCCGGCCUUACUUCGCAUGCAAUUUCAUGAUUGUUUUGUUCAUGGAUGUGAUGCGUCAAUUCUUAUAAAUGGACCUUCCACCGAGAGAACAGCUGGUCCUAACCUCAGCGUAAGAGGUUAUGAACUUAUUGAUACUUUGAAGGUAAUUGCAGAAGAAGAAUGUCCGGGGGUCGUUUCUUGUGCUGAUAUAAUUGCUAUUGCAACUAAAGAAGUCAUCAAAAUGGGAGGUGGACCAGCAUAUGCAGUACAAACAGGGAGAAAAGAUGGAACAAUAUCAAGAGCUCAAGAUGUUAACCUUCCUAGUCCUUUCUUGACCGUAACUCAAACAAUUGCAGCAUUUAGCGCCAAAAAGUUUACACCAGAGGAAAUGGUGGUUCUUUUAGGUUGCCACUCAGUUGGUAUUUCACAUUGUGCUUUUUUUCAAGAUAGACUACACCAAGGUACUAGCCAAUUCGACCCAAAAAUGGACCAAAAUCUUCGCCAGGAACUAAUGCCAACAUGUCCUCGAGGCACAACGUCGAACAAUUUCACUUUUCUUGAUCAAAAUCCACAGAGUUCAAACAAGCUUGACAACUCUUUCUUUGUUCAAAUUCUCAAACAAAGAGGGAUUCUCCCAAUCGACCAAGCUUUGGCUCGCGAUACGCAAACAAGUGCCAUUGUUAAACAGUUAGCUCGAAGUGCUACCUUAUUCAACACUAAAUUGGCUAGUGCGAUGGUGAAACUGCAAGCGCUUGAUGUCCUGAUUGGAAACCAAGGACAAAUUAGAAAAACUUGCAGUAGCUUCAACUAAGCAAAUAUCUUCGUUGUACGCGACGUCUGAUUCUGGAAUAUGAAAAUGGAUUGUUAAUUUACAAGUCGAAAUCACGAAAUGAGACCUUAUCUUGCUUUUCCAUAUAAUUUAGAGAUACUUGAAGCGUUGCUACUAGUAUAAUUUCUUCUGUAAAUUUUUUUGCAUGAUUCAUGGUUUGUAUGUUUAGGUGUCGUUGCUCUUAACGCUCUCUUGAGGUUUCACUGUUAUA